AUGUAUCAAGUUGCUGGGCAGAAUGUAACAAUGAAAGCUACAACCAUCCGUCUGUUUUCCACGAGCAGCACAUGGUAUUCUUCCCCCAGCAAGGCUGCCAAGGUUCUCAGCAAACUGAUGAACGGAGGAAAAGCAUCCAAAAAGAAGCGAUACUACGAAGAAACGAGCGACCGCGCUCCAAAGUUUAUGGCGGCAACAACUCUGGCUAACACAAAUCGUCAAGGGAAAGAAUCAAACCGACGUGUAGCGGUUUUGAAUAAGUUGUUCAUGAAAAAUAUCACCGAUCUGAUGGCCACCGGCUCGUUCGCUAGUGACCUAUAUGGGUACGGUAUACAAAUCUCGCGCGUUCGCGUGGCGCCGGACUUUCGCGAAGCAAGCAUCUACUGGUUCUCAACCAAUAUGAACAAGGAUGUUAAAAUUGACGGCGUACUGAAGCCACUCGCCUUCCGCUUGCGACACGAGCUUUCCCAGUUGAGGCUAAUGGGAGAGAUUCCACAGCUUUCGUUCGUACAGGACAAGCAGUACUACAUCGAAGGACUGUUGAAUAGUUUGUUGAAGGAGGCAGACUACGGUGACCAGGAGAAAGACGCAGAUGACGAGGCUGUGGUGCUGGUAGCUGAAGUGGAAGAUCGCUUAUGCGAGCCUGAAAUGAAGCACGAUAUACUUGGGCUGGAUCAUGCCCAAAUCAUGGCUCGUAUCCGUCAAUCUGUUGAUAAGACGAACAAGGCGUGGAAGAUGCAUCAAGAGGCUUUAAGAAAACAAGAGAGUACCAUCCAACAGCAAAGGACAACUUUGAUUGCAGGCGAAAAAAUCGAAUAAAACCUGUUGAUAAAUCCAGCCUUCUCGUUGGUUGAUAGUGAACAAAGACACGAAAUAAAUUUAAAAUAGGAAAAUUUAUUAUUUAGCUUAUUCGGCUUAGAAAAGUAGUGCUAGCAGAUGUUUUCCUGAAAAUAAAUGAUACUUAAAUGCACAUGUUUUGAAUUGUUCACUUAAAUCGACGGUAUAUGAAGUGUAUUAUGAGAACUACGGAAUCUUUGAUAUUUAUCCAUCGACAACGGGAAGAUGGGCUUAAGUCCAA